AUUACUGGGACAGAAACUGUUGAUAUAGGAGGGUAACCGGGAUUAACGGUAAUGCAUUAAGGAUUGCAGUUUUUCCUUGGACUUUGAAUAUGAAGCAUCUGUUUAUUCUGUCAGUGUUGUUGGUCUCUGUGUCUUCUUGUCCUGAUGGGGAGUUCCUCUGCACAUCUGCAGAAUGUCUUCCUCUGGAACUUGUCUGUGAUUUUAAAGAGGAUUGUAAAGACGGCUCUGAUGAGGAAUUUUGUGGUUCGUGUGACUUUGAGCGUGACACCUGUGGCUGGAAUGACACCUCCCAACGCUGGAGAUGGCAGAUUGCAAACAUGACUUCAAUACCUGGACAGGACCACACCACAGGAAGCCCUCUUGGACACGUCAUGCAUGCACGUACAGGUUUUUCGGGGGCGAGUUUGGAGUUUGCUGUUGUCAACAGGGCAGCCCUAGGAUGCCAGAUCAGUUUCUGGUUCUACAUUGUUAAUGGCAAGCCUUCAUCAUUAUCAGCCUUAAAAGUCAAAAUGGUCCGAGGCGAAUCUGAGGUGGAGCUACUGGAGCCUCCUAUAACGAAAACAGACAGCUGGGAGCAGGCCACAGCUUUCAUUGGUAACCAGCCAGGGGGAUACAAGCUGCUCUUUUCCUUCAAAGCGUCUAUUCUUGGGCCCGAUGAAAUUAUGCUGGACGAUGUCAGAUUUGAAAACUGUGGCGAGGCCGAUGUCCCCACAGGAUCGGACCAACUCUCAUGUGAUUUUGAAAAUGACAGCUGCUCGUGGUACCAUGACAAGACUGCAAGCAUUUCUUGGGAAAGGAAGAACAAGAUUUGGCUAGACCUUAAUAGGGGAGGCUACUACAUGCUCAUAAAAGCCAAAACAAAUCUAAACAUCUCCUCAGCAGCCAGACUCGUCAGCCUCCCUCAACCUGCAGGUCAAAUAUGUGUGAGCUUCUGGUACCACAUAUUUGGCAACAGCAUAGGUACACUGAAGUUUAUUGUUAAGCAUCCUGGUGAACCAGAGACUCUUGUGUGGAUGAGGAGUGGCACACAGGGAAACAAAUGGCGAUUUGCUGAUCUUACCUUCAACAGUAACAUGACAAUACAGUUUAUUAUAGAGGCUGUGGUCGGUGGUACUCAGGGGAGCAUAGCCUUCGAUGACAUAGCGGUGUCCCGCACGAACGGUUCCUGUCCGCCUGAGAGAGAGUGCACCUUCCAGGGUUCCCUCUGUGGUCUGCGGCCUGAAUCGUCUGCACCCUUGGAAUGGAACCGGAUCAGGGGGACGUCCCAACCACUUAACUCUUCAGGCCCUACCAUAGAUCACACUCUGGGGACAGAACAAGGUUAUUACCUGAGUGCCCAGUUGUGGAGUCACCCUGUGGGGUCCAGAGUAGCAAUGAUGACUGCUACGAUGGAGCCCACCCCGUACGAUGGGGAGUGUCUAAUGUUCUGGUACUACAUGGAGGGAAGUGGAGUGGGGGACCUCAGUGUGCACCUCCAGAGCCCUGACGGCCAGAAGAAGAAGCUCUGGGACAGAAGUGGAGAUCAGGGGAAGCACUGGAGACAUGGGAGAUUGACGCUUUUAAGCCCAGUUACCAAGUAUGAAGUGAUUUUUGAGGCGAUAGCUGGGGACGGACCAAGGAGAGAUAUCGCUAUUGACGACCUCAUCGUCUUGAAUGGUGCCUGUCCCCCGGCAGGUUUCUGUGACUUUGAGAUGGACUUGUGCGGCUGGGUGAACAGUCCUCCAACAGAGUUCGGAGUGGACUGGGACUGGCUCUCGGGCAAAAGUGAAGGUAGAAUGAUCCCAAGGAGGGACCACACCACAGAUUCUUCUUUGGGCCACUUUGCGUUCUUCCUGUUCCCUAAUUCGAAAGUACAAGAAGUUGCUCGACUGGAGAGCGAGUCGAUGGCAGCUGUGGACCGAGCUUGCCUGGAGCUCUGGCACUCCUCAAAUGGGUGGUCAGCAGGAACCUCAAAGAUUACCCUGACAGUGUUUGUGAAAGAGACAGCCAGAUUGCGCCCUGUGUGGAAUACAAAUGGCAUCAUGGGUGAACCAUGGAUCCUGGACCGGGUGGAUUACAAUGCAUCAGAGCCUCACCAGAUUAUUUUACAAGCCAGUUGUAACACAUCGGAAGUAAGCUUAGCCCUGGACGAUGUCCACAUCAUCAGGGACAAGUCCUGUGAUGAGAUGAUCCCUACCACCACCUCGGCCCCUGCCACCACUACCACCCCUGCUCCUGCCUCUCCCAUGGACUGCACCUUUGAACAAGGUCUGUGUGAUUGGGUCCAAGAGGCCAGUGGUGAUUUUAACUGGACUGUCAGCAGUGGACUUCAAGUGGGACAACCCUGGGAUGGACCUCAGUAUGAUCAUACUGUUGGAAAUAAUCAAGGUUCCUUUUUGCUGUUGAAUGGAUCCAGUACCAAGAAUGGAGAGAGAGCAGCUGUCUCUGUUCCUGUCGUCAGUCCUUCACCACAUAUCUGUGUUGGUUUUUGGUAUUACAUGCUUGGACCUUCUGUGUCCACCCUGGAUCUGCUCGUUCGAAAUAAAUCCUCUGAGCUGUUAGUCUGGACUCGCAGAGGGACCCAGAAUCCAGAGUGGAUGAGCGCACAAGUAACCAUCAGCCAGAACGACACAACACAGAUGGUGUUUACUGGUCAUAGAACCACAAGCAGCCGAGGCUUCAUCGCUGUUGAUGACGUCACAGUGAGGGAGGGGGCCUGCACCAAUCAGAAAAUGUGUGGGUUUGAAUCCAACUUGUGUGGCUUUGAGGAAGAUUUCAGUCAUAAUGGGCGAUGGGGUCGCAAAAGGGGAACACAACAUCACGUGGAUCACACCUAUGGAACUGAAAAUGGUUUCUAUGUGACUGUGAUGGAAACAAAUGCCACACUACCUGAAGUUGCCCAGCUGCUCACACCAGAGUUCUCUUCAGAAACAGAGAUGUGUGUGCGCUUCUGGUACUGGUUACCCACUGGUUCCUCCAACAGCCUGGCUGUGCAUGUGCUGCUGAGCGGGCAGCUGAGUGAUCCCCUUUGGCAAUGGUCUGGAGAGCCCUCUACAGGCUGGGAGGUGGCAGAGGUCACCGUGUCCUCCCCGGGGAAAUACCGUGUGGGGUUCAGGGUUGUCCGAAAGUCAGACACAGACUCUGUGCCAAAACUAGAUGAUGUUUCUGUGAGGGAUGGAGCCUGCAGGCCUCCAGGAAGCUGUGACUUUGAGUCCGGGCAGUGCAGCUGGAUCAACGUCCCUAAAGAAGAUGGACAUGAUUGGGUGAUGGCCAAUGGGGGCUUCCAUGGUCCACCGACCGACCACACCACUCAGAGCCCACAGGGUUGGUUUUUGCUGAGCUCAUCACUUCACCUAAACCACAGCAGUCGUGCACAGGUAGUGUCCGAAUGGAUCCAACUGAGGGAAACUACCUCCUGUCUCACCUUAUGGUACUAUAUGGAAAACAGUGACUCAGGGACACUGCGGGUGUACAAGCGAUCCGGGCAAUCAGAGGAGGACCUGAUGUUCCAUAGUAACAGCAGUGGCAGGAGAUGGAGCAUGUUUUCCCAAUCUGUAGAGGAGACCAAACCGUUCCAGCUGUGGAUUGAAGCAGAGGCUCACAAUAGAGGAUUCAUUGCCCUUGACGACAUCACUUUAACAUCAGGGCCUUGUCAAGUGAAUGAAACAAACUGGGGAUUUGAGGGUUGCUCAUUUGAAAAUGGCACAUGUGAUUGGAUGGACAUCAGCAUGGGCCAGUUUCAGUGGGUGAGAGGAAGGAAUGCUGCAGGAAACAUUGGACCCACUGUGGACAACACACUGGGCACUGAACUGGGUUGGUACAUGGCGGUGGAUUCGGACAGAGGCGACGAGAUAAGCCCCGCUGCCCUGCAGAGUCCCACCAUGAAACAGGCCGGUGCCACCUGCACGCUGCACUUCUACUACAACCUUUAUGGAGAGGAUGUAGAACAGCUGGACGUGUCACUGCUGGAGGGCUCUAGGUCAACAACGCUGUGGUGGUUAUCAGGCAGCCAUGGAAAUCUAUGGCAACGGGGGGAGGUGACGGUUGGUAGAAUCCCUCAGGACUUCACCAUCCUGUUUCAAGCCUCCAAAACCUUCAACAAGUAUGGACAUAUUGCCAUUGAUGACAUCCACUUCACAAACUGCACCCUGCCUGAGCCCCAGCCCCCGUGUCCAGAGAGCAAAUUUCUCUGCAACAACAGUGUGUGUGUUGACAACAACCAAGUGUGCGACUUCAGUGAUGACUGUGGGGACCGGUCUGAUGAAAGCAACUGUGAAGAACAGGAUUUGAUGGAGAGCUGCAGCUUCGAACAGGGCUUGUGUUCCUGGGCAGGGAGUGACGUGGACACCCCUGGAGAUGAGUGGCUGCUUCAGAAAGGACAGGACGCCUGGCCCGACCAUGGGCCUCACAGGGAUCACACCAAAAACUCUGAUGCAGGCCAUUAUGUGAUACCUGGGACUUACCUCAAGAAGAAGGGACAGACAUCAGAGAUUCUCUCCAAAACGUUAAUACCCGUCUCGAACUGUACUAUGAGGUUCUUCUACUUCAGCCUGGAGGAUUCUACAGCCACACUGACAGCCCAGUCCAGGACACGAGGGUCCGGCAGUGGCGACAGACUGUUAUGGCUCAGGGAAAACUCACAGAGCUACAGCUGGCAGAGAGCAGAGGUCACGUUCUCCUCAUCAGCCAGCAGCAAGAUCGUCUUCAGAUAUGAGCACGGUGACAGUCGCAGAGGGAAGGUUGCAUUGGAUGACGUAUCUUUUUCCAAAGAGUGUGAAUUUGACCCCAACAACAACGGGCUCCCUGACACGUCGCCCACCUCCCCCCCAUCUCCAACCUUUAACCCACCCACAUCUCAAGGCUCAACCUCAACAGGUCCAAUCAGUCCCUGUCCGGAUAACACAUUUUUCUGUUGGAGGUCGGCUGGAAAAGUUUGUGUUCCGUCCACCUUACUGUGUGAUUAUCAUCUAGACUGUCCCCAGGGGGAGGACGAGGACAGCUGUGGUCCUUGCUCAUUUGAGAGGGAUCAAUGCAAAUGGACUGACUCCAGUGAAGGACAGAGCACGUGGCAGAGACAGAAAGCCAGCAACUCCACCGAGCCGCCCACUGAUCACACCACAGACAAAGGCUUCUACAUGAGGGUGAAUUUCAGUCAGGGGUCCACACAGAGCGAAUCCCGGCUUCAGAGUCCCUCACUCCCCCUGUCAUCCCACUACUGCCAGGUUCAGUUUCACUUCCACAUCAGUUCUGUCAGUGCUGGGUCACUCAGAGUGCUUAUGCAGCAAGCUGAGGGGAGUGAAGCAAUCCUGUGGUCACGUAGUCACAACACUGUCUCCCAUUGGACUGCGGAGACACUGCUUCUCGGCCUGCAACAGCAGCCUUAUAAGGUUUUGUUCAGUGGUAUGAAUACAGUAACUCAGGAGGCCACAGCCACUGGAGGUUGUAUUUUAGCUGUGGAUGACAUCUCUUUUUUAAACUGUGAUAAAUCCUACCAACCACCAGCUCUGUCUGCAUAUAGCUGCCCUUUUGAAGAUGGCCUGUGUCUUUGGGUGCAGGGGGCUGAGGAUGAGCUUGACUGGCUCAGCACAUCCGGCGCCACCGAAACCCCCAACACGGGACCUGCAGGAGACCACACUACGGGCAAAGGGAAAUACCUUUAUAUUAAGAGUUCAACACCAAGUGUAAAGGGGAACAUGGCUCAGAUGAAGUCUGCACUGCUGCCACCUGCUGGAGAAAAGGGAUACUGUCUCACAUUUUGGUACCACAUGUUUGGAGCUACCGUGGGAUCUCUGAAGAUGUUUCUACACUCAGCUGAUCCCUUGAAGAAAACACUGGUGUGGCAGAAAUCAAGAAAUCAAGGGGAUGAGUGGCUGCUGGUGCAGACCCACGUGAUGCUGCAGAAAGUCCACCAAGUGAUUCUGGAGGCUACGGUGGGAGGAGAGGCGGGAGAUAUCGCCAUUGAUGACAUCUCCCUCCUCAGUGGACCGUGUCCUGCCUCGGAUUUGUGUGACUUUGAGGAGGGGAGUUGUAACUGGCAGCAGGAGACCACUGAUGACUUUGAUUGGGUCAGAGACUCGGGCUCCACUACCAACCCCAACACAGGACCAGACACCGACCACACCACCAACACACCCACGGGCCACUACUACUACCUACCCUCCUCCGCUGCCGACAGCACCGACCAGAAAGCUGCAAUGUCUUCACCCCUGUACCCUGCAGGAAAAGGAGCUUGUGUGCAGCUGUGGUACCACAUGUAUGGGAAAGGCGUGGGGACGCUGAAUGUUUACCAGCAGGGUGAAGACGGGAAGGAAGCUCUGAUCUUCUCUCAGACAGGAGACCAGGGCCGGCUGUGGAGGUUCGCUCAGGCUUCACUUCUGCCUCGUGUUCAGCCUUACAGGUUUGUGGUGGAAGGUGUGAAGUCUGGCUCCACUCAGGAGGGAGACAUGGCUUUCGAUGAUGUACAUCUGACGGAGGCUCAGUGUCCUCCUCAUGGAUUCUGUGACUUUGAGAUCAACAUGUGCAGCUGGAGCAACCUGGGUGGAGACGUUGACCAGGGGAACUGGCUCCGCGGCAGAGGGGACUCUCCAAACCCCAACACCGGACCCAGUUUGGAUCACACCACCAACUCAACACAUGGUUAUUAUCUGUAUGUGGACAGCUUAGUGGGAGAGUGGGGAGACAGGUCCUUCCUGAUCAGUGAUGUGUUCCAGCCGUCCAGUAGAGGGCACUGUCUCAUCUUCUGGUACCACAUGUAUGGCAGCCAUGUUGGGACUCUCAGAGUUUUCAUAAAUGACAGAAAAAUGCAAUCAGGUGGAAGUGAAGAAGGAAAUCUGAAGUGGAUUGAGUCGGGAGACAGGGGAGAUAAGUGGCAGAUGGCUCAAGUGCCUAUUCAACAUGAAGAUGCAUUCUGGUUCGUGUUUGUGUAUCAGAGGGGGGAGAAUAAAGGAGGGGACGUAGCUCUCGAUGACAUCACCAUCUUCCCCGGCAGCUGUUACACAGACCCCCCCAUCAACCCUCCUGAUGAAAACUCUGAUAUGUUGUCCCUGGGCCUCUCAGUGGGUCUGACUCUGUUGGCUGGAGUUAUCCUCACCGUCUUCCUCUUCAGGAUGAACAAGAGACGCUGCACAAUUAACCAGAAUUCAUUGUUUGACCUCUUUGACUGCAAAACAGAUGACACACAACAUGGAGCUGAAUCGGACCUUACCUUUGACAACAGGCUGUACGAAAUCGACGCCAGUGUGGGAUCAUCUGACACUUAGACCAGAUUCAUGAUUAUAAUAAAACAAAUCCAUCAUAAAGUAUGUAAAUUAUUCCUGUGAACUCCUGAUUCCACUAAAACCAUGUACAAGAUGAAACUUUCACAUGGUAUUGUGCUGAGAAAAAUAAACGACUGUUCA